AUGGCAAGCUCGCCAGCGGGCAGCGCGAGCGGGCGCGACACGAGAACACAGUUGUUCGUAGGCAACCUCCCUUACCGCGUCCGUUGGCAAGAUCUCAAGGACCUCUUCCGCCGUGCCGGUACGGUCCUCCGCGCGGACGUCGCUCUCGGACCCGACAACCGCUCGCGCGGGCACGGCACGGUCCUGCUCGCGUCGCAGGAGGAUGCAGAGCGCGCGAUUGGGAUGUUUCAGGGAUGGUGCUGGCAGGGGCGCGUGCUGGAGGUGAGGAAGGACAGGGUUAUUACUGGGGAGGAGGGACUGGGGCUUGGAGUAGGGAGCGCGCUGCCGAGUCCAUUGGGUGCUGGAGGAGGGUUUGGGGCGGGCAUGGGUAACGGGCUGGCGAGUCCGGCGCCGAUGAGUAGGUUCAACUCGGGAUCGGGGUUGGGUGAGUGGCCAUGUUCUACUCGAGGGAGAUCGCUGCCAUUCCAUAUACAGUGGCAAGAUCUGAAGGACCUCUUCCGUCAAGCUGGCGGGGUCACACGCGCAGACGUUGCGUUGGGAGCCGACGGCCGGUCAAGAGGGUUUGGCACGGUCAGCUUCUCGAACGAGCAGGAUGCGGAGAGGGCGGUGCGGAUGUUCAACGGGUACGUGGCUUGUAUCUGUCUUCGCGCUUCGUGCGGACACUCAGUCGCAAGCGUCCUGAUGUUUCGCGGUGAAGGUACGAGUACAACGGGCGUGCGCUGA